AUGUCCAUCAAAAGAAUCUUAUUACUUUUCCAAGCAAUUAAUUUUUUCGUUCUUUUAUGCCUAACAAGUUACAUCUAUUAUACCUCCAAGAGAUCAACAACUCAAUCUGUUCAAGAAUAUCAAAAUUUACAAAAUCUAAGGCAUAACAAUAUCACUAUUAUAUUACUUUGGACAGGCUGGUUUUAUGGUGACUGGCCUGUACCUCUUGGUGGUCAUCAAUGUGACAGUCUUAGUAAACAUUGCUAUUUUACUAUCGAAAGUAAGUACUAUUCAACUGCUGAUGCUGUUGUAUUCCACGGCUCUGAUUUGUAUAGAAUGGAGGAUGCUGCUUUACCCAAUCAAACCAGUAAACCACGACAUCAACGCUGGGUAUAUUACACGAUGGAAAAUCCACCCAUUAGUGCCUAUCUAGGUGUACAAGCCAAGGAAAGGGAUGAAAAUAAAUUUGAUUGGAUUAUGAGCUAUGCUAAAGAUGCCGAUGUUUAUGUACCUUAUGGGCAGAUUAUCAAAGGUCGUUAUGGCAAUGGUUACGAUUCUAAUAUCAAUUACGCCCAAGGUAGACCCAAGAUGGUAGCCAUGGUCGCAAGUCGUUGUUAUCCAUCUCGUAUGAAAAUGGUGGCAGCAUUGCAACAUUAUGUCGACGUUGAUGUCUAUGGUGAAUGUGGAACAAAAUGUUCACGCAAUCGACAAUGUUGGAAUCAUCUCAAACAAAAUUACAAGUUCUACCUAAGCUUUGAAAACGAAGUAUGCAAAGAUUAUAUUACGGAAAAGUUGUACAAUAAUGCAUUUGCAAAUUAUCUGAUACCUAUUGUCAUCAGUGGUGCUAAUUAUUCCGAUAUCAAGGUUGUUCCACCGCAUUCUGUCAUCGAUGCUUUACAAUUUAAAAAUGUUGAAGAAUUAGCACGUUACAUUAAAAUUGUAGCCGAAGAUAAUAAAUUAUAUAAUUCAUACUUUCAAUGGAGAAAUCGUUACGACAUCAAAUUUAUAAGAAUGAGAGACACUUUGUGUACGCUAUGCAAGAAAAUUUCGACCAAACCACUACGAAAGCCUUCUCGCCCUUAUAGCAAUUUACGCUACAUAUUAGGUAACCACGAUGGCAAUUGUAAAAAAUUUCCGGAACCUUCUAGAUUAAAUGCCGUAAAGCCUAACUUUACAUAUUUCCAGUAA